AUGGAUCAGCAUCAUAUUCUUCCAAAAGCUAGCGAUUUGGCCGAGAGCGCCUUUGAGAAGGUCUCCGAUACUGCGGCUUCGGGCUACGAUAAAGUGAGUGAUAUGGUGACAGCUGGCGGUGAUGCCACACGAUCAGCAUUUGACUCGAUCGCAGAAGCAACCAAGAAGGCCGAAGAGAAAGGAUUUGCGGCCGCCCAAAAUGUUUUUGGUACGGUCGCAGAUAGUGCGAAGAGUGUUGCCGAGAAGGUUUCAACAGGUGUGCACGACACACUGCAACAGGCAGAAGGUAUAUCGUCAGAUACGAGUUCUUGGCUCGCCGCUUCUUCUCGCCCUUCUGCUGAUGCCACUACUGAGCAGUCAACUAAUUUACUCGGUGACACUGUUCAGUUGCUUGAUGAUAAAACAAGCGCCGCUUAUGACUCCAUCAAAACUGCAUCAAAUAACGCUUUUAAUACAGUCACUGAUCAAACGGCUCAUUUAUACGGUGACAUUGCAAAGGGUGCUGAGGACACGAAACAUGACUUCUACGAUGCUUUCGGUAAGGCUCCCACAAAGGCCGAGGGAUUGAUUGAGAAAGGAGUGGGGGAGCUGAGUGGAUUUGCUGGAGGGGUGAAGCAGAAGGCAGAUGAGGCGGCUGAAUUGCUCAAGGAAGGUGCUGAUAAGGUUUAUGAGGCUGGUAAAGAGGCAGUGCAUGUGGUGGAUGAUAAACGCCAUGAUGUGACUGAUAAGGCUUAUGAGGUUGGACAUAAGCUGGAAGAGAAGGGUGGUGAUAUGAUUGGAGCAGUGGAACGACGAGUUGAGGACGAAUACGACCGUCUAACGGAUGCCGUACAAACUCAGUACGACGCAAGCAAAAAUGUUUUCGGAGAUCGAAUGGAGGGAGUUGAGAACGUAGCGCAUUCUCUUUACGAAAAAUCAUCAGAUGCAGUGAAGGGUGGUGCUCACGCGGUUGGUGGAAUGCUGGAAACUGGCUACGAGAAAAUCAAGUCUGAAGAUGACGACGCAUUCAAGAAGGCAUCCGGCGGAGAACAUCCAGCAGAUCUAUUCGAUACGGCCUACGAUACCGUCAAGGAUACAACGCAUUCGAUCGGCGCCACUGCACAAAAGACAGUGGAAAGUGCCAUGCAAGCAGCAAUGGGAGAAGGGCACGCACCGUUCCAGUCUAAAGCAUCAUCACAUCAAGAUGACCAU